CUUUACCAAACAAAACGAAUUUUACUGCGAAAUCUGUAUAAUAUAAUUCUAUACAAAUGGGUAUUCUGCGUCAGCUAUUUUUUGGCAAAUAUUUAUUAGUCACCAACACCGUGAGCUGCGGCUUGAUGAUGGCAGCGGGAGAUGUGAUCCAGCAGCGCAGAGAGCACUGGAAAAAGCAUUGUUCCGACAAAUACUUUCCGAGCAGCGUCAUGGCAGCGUCACCGGAAGAUGAGAAGGCGACAGCGAUUUCCAGCACGUCUGCGUACGGACACGAUUACAUGAGGACGAGAAAUAUGAUGGUUGUAGGGCUGGUCCAAGGUCCGUUCCAUCAUUGGUUCUACACGCUCCUGGAUAAGGUUUUGCCAGGCAGGAACGCAAAGUCAGUCCUGAAAAAGACAUUUCUCGAUCAAUCGGUCGCGAGUCCCACGUGCCUGGCGAUAUUCUUCGUCGGCCUCGGGAUCAUGGAGAGCCACAAAAUUGAGGAGAUCUGCAAGGAGCUGAAGCUCAAGUUCUGCGAAACGUGGAAAGUCGACUGCUGCUUUUGGCCUCCCACGCAGUGCGUCAAUUUCCUCUUCGUGCCCCUACAUUAUCGAGUGCUUUACACGAAUGCUAUGACGAUGGUGUAUGAUAUUUUUCUAUCGUAUAUAAAAUAUGACGCUCACUUCGAGUGACAGAAAUCUCACGGCUAGUGUCUGAACAAAAGAUAUGACCGUACGAAUAACAAUUGCAUGAAGUGUAUAGAUACGCCUAUCGUUAUUAUUAAUCAUACGUAACAGUGUGCAAUAAAAUGCUGUCGGAAAGAA